AUGGCAAUGGCUUCUUCCUGUUCCAGUACCAUCACCUCCGGAGGCGGCAGGUUCGUGCUUGGCUUUUUCACACCACCAGGCAGCACCGGAACGACCUCCUUCAACUACUACAUCGGCAUCUGGUACGAUAAGAUCUCUGCGAUCACCCCAGUGUGGGUGGCCAACAGAGCCACUCCAGUCACCGACACAACCGCGUCGGAGCUUAAGAUCUCUGACGAUGGCAAUCUCAUCAUCCUCAACCAGUUCAAAUCCAUCAUAUGGUCGACCAACGUCACCACCAUCCGAUCCUCCAACUCCACAAUCGUCGCGGUCAUCCUUGACACGGGUAAUCUCCAGCUCAGGGAUGAAUCCAACUCCUCUCUCAUCUUCUGGCAGAGCUUCGAUCACCCCACCGACACUUGGCUUCCCGGCGCCAAGAUCGGGUUCAACAAGCUCACCAGCACGCCCCAACGCCUCACUUCCUGGAAGAACAAAGUUGACCCUUCUCCUGGACUCUUCACUCUCCAGAGUGAUCCAACCGGCGCAACCUCUCAGUAUUUUCUUUUCUGGAAUUUGUCGAAGGAAUAUUGGGCCAGCGGAAUCUGGGACGGACACGUCUUCACUUCUAUCCCCGAGAUGAGCUGGAGAGGCAUCGUCAACUUCGCUUUCAUCAACAACACCGAGGAGAGCUAUUUCAUCUACGCUCCCAAGGAUCCCAACCUCAAGAUUAGAUUUGUCUUCGAUUAUGAGUCCGGCCAGAUGCUUGUUUUGACGUGGAUGGAGAAUACACAAUCAUGGAUGCUCUGCUGGGCUAUUUGCGGGAGCUGCGGAGUAGAGCGCCCUUUCGUAGCUGCGAUAGCAGGCCUUCUUGCAGUUGCGCCAGGGGUUACAGAGUGA